UUACAAUUAAACAAUCACUUUUAUUAAAAUUCUGUGGAAGCUGCUCCAUAUACAUUAGUAACAUAACUCUCAUUUUGAUCUAGAAGGACUUCAUGGAAGUUGGCCUGAAUUUCAAGGAUACUGAGCUGUGCCUCGGCCUUCCCGGCGGCGGAGGCGACAACAAGACCAGCGGCAAGAGAGGCUUCUCAGAUCUGAAGGAGACCGUCGACAACUCCUCAUCUUCAACCGCUCCUCUUAAGGAUCCAAUCAAACCUCCGGCCAAGGCACAAGUGGUGGGAUGGCCACCCGUGCGGUCAUUCCGCAAAAACGUGAUGGCGACGCAGAAGAGCGAGGAGGCCGCGUUGGUGAAGGUGUCGAUGGAUGGAGCGCCGUAUCUUCGGAAGGUCGACCUGAAAAUGUACAAGAGCUACAAAGAGCUCUCUGAUGCCUUGGCAAAGAUGUUCAGCUCCUUCACCAUGGGUAAUUAUGGGAGCCAAGGUAUGAUAGAUUUCAUGAAUGAAGGGAAAUUAAUGGAUUUGUUGAACAGUUCUGAUUACGUUCCCAGUUAUGAGGAUAAGGAUGGCGACUGGAUGCUCGUCGGGGAUGUUCCAUGGGAGAUGUUUGUUGAGUCUUGUAAGCGUCUCCGUAUUAUGAAAGGAUCUGAAGCCAUUGGACUUGCACCAAGAGCUAUGGAGAAAUGCAAGAGCAGGUGCUGAAGCAUCUUGUAAUGAUCAACUUGGUAUGAUCCAACAAAAACUUGUUUUAUAUUUCCCCACUAGUAUUGUUUUCUUGUAAUAUUUCUUUUUCUUUUUUUUUGUUAUGUUUUCCGAUUUUAUUUCUGGGUUUCUUGUGGAUGUGGUUGUAUUUUGAUAUAGCAUAGUUAUUGAAAAAAGACGCAUAUGUAUUGGACAAGAAGGCAAAAUACACUCAUCCGUGUCUGGCUUGUUAUUGUGAU